GCUGUUGCAAAAACCACGCGUCGGACCAAAAAUUUCCAGGGAUUUCUCCAUCGCCGUGCAACUGUCCUACCGGCCGCCGAUUUGAAAAGUCGGCGGAUGGAUGUGGCAACCGCUGGGAAGUCCGAACACGGAAGACAACGCGAACUGGGAAUCCGUCGUCAUCGCCGUCGGCGACGAAGGAGCGCCGAGUUGACAGAAGUCGGCAGGUCCGCGAGAAGAAAGCGCCAGCGAAAGAAGAAGGCGCCUGGUCCGUUACGCGGAAGGAGGAAUAGAAGUAGAAGUAGAAGUAGAAGUAGAACAACGAGCAAGCCCGAAGCGUCGCGACGCUACGCCACACCGGCGACUCAACCCACGAAACUACCCGCGAAAGUUGCUUCCAUCUCGCAUCCGCGUUCGUCCGACUCUUCCGUCGCUGCCAUUCGCGCUGCCUUGCCGCCUCGCUGCUACCAACCCUCUACGAUCGGUUAGCAGUUUCUCGUGCCUCGUGUCUCGUGCCUCGUGCCUUGUGCUUCGUGCCUCGUGCCUCGUGUGCCGUCUCUCGUAAACGAGAAACGGGAGGAAAGAAAGGAAGGAAGUGUGCUCGAUCGAAUCCUCUAUAUUUUCUUCCGAUCGUAAACGGUGCGUGCCAUCGAAUUUUGGUGAUCGUCGUUUCAUUGGAUACGGUUCUGUUCGGAGAUAGUGCGCGCGCGCUUCGAUAAAUCGUGUUUCGGCCGAGACGAGAUCGCGCGUUUCCUAGUGAAUAGUGGUGCUCUUGUUCGCCGUUUCUCCGUUUCUCCGUCUCUCCGUCUCUCCGUCUCUCCGUCUCUCCGUCUCUCCGUCUCUUCGUCUCGCGAUAGCGAAAGUCGGUGAAUCGGAUUUUGCCAAGACGAAAAUAUUGCUGGUCGCAAGAUGAUGCUUCCGCGGACGCUGCUGAUGGUGCUGUUCUCUGUGCUGGCCAAGGGAGCGCCGAGAGCCUCGGUCAUUUACGCGGACGACAAAGUGCAAAAUUACCUUAUGAAAUUUGGAUACCUGCCCCAGACGGAUUUGGAGACCGGAAACCUUAGGACCGACGAUCAGCUCAGGGACGCCAUUAAAAAUUUACAGAGAUUCGGAGGCGUGGCUGUAACCGGCAGCAUCGACGAGGCUACGGUAGAAUUAAUGAAACUUCCUCGAUGCGGACUUCCGGACGAACCGGAUCCUAGAUACGCGAGGAUGAGGCACAAACGCUACACGAUCCACGGGCAGGAGUGGCCGCGUCGGAACUUGACAUGGAGCCUGAGAACCGAACAACCGAGCGGCCUCGACACCGGCGGCGUCCGUCUCGAACUGAGCAAAGCCCUCGGCCUCUGGGCGCGGAACUCGAGGCUCACCUUCCAGGAAGUGAACAGCGACCGAGCGGACAUCCUGGUGUACUUCCAUCGCGGUUAUCACGGUGAUGGAUAUCCUUUCGAUGGCAAGGGUCAAAUCCUGGCGCACGCUUUCUUCCCGGGCAGAGAUCGCGGCGGAGACGUUCAUUUCGAUGAGGAAGAAAUAUGGCUGCUGCAGGACGACAGCAACGAAGAAGGGACCAGUCUUUUCGCGGUGGCCGCGCACGAGUUCGGCCACUCUCUCGGGCUGGCGCAUAGCGCGGUUCCCGGAGCGCUCAUGUACCCGUGGUACCAAGGAUUGAGCUCCAAUUACGAGCUGCCGGAGGACGACAGACACGGGAUUCAGCAGUUGUACGGUGCUCCCGAGGAGAAGCUGUGGGCCAAUCUACCGGGUGGCCCGCCGCCUCCGGAACGUCCUACGACGCCUAGAACGACGACGACGAGCGUCGGGACGACCUACAGACCGUGGAGAACGAGGCCGACGAGGCCGAAUCACUACCCGAACGACGACCGACCCCGUCGACCCGAUCAUCGCUACCCUCAAAAGCCGGAUUACAGAACGGAAAGGCCGGAGGAUCGACCUCAGAGACCUCACAAACCUCACAGGCAUCACACGACAACGACCACCGCCGGCACCACCGCCGGCACCACCACCGCCGGCACGACCGCCAGGACCACGACGUACACGCAAAGACCGAGGCAUCGAUGGACGCCGACGCCGAGGGACGACGUGCCGGAUAAAUGCGACACCAGCUACGACGCGAUCAGCAUUAUUCGCAGGGAAACGUUUGUGUUCAAAGGCAGGUACCUCUGGAGGAUCGGUAAUCGUGGAUUGUACGAAGGCUACCCGGCAGAGAUCACGCGAUUGUUCAAUUUGCCCGAAGAAAUCGACCACGUGGACGCGGUGUACGAGAACCCGGACAAGAAGAUCGUCUUUUUCAUCGGGAAAAACUAUUACGUUUUCAACGCUAAUAAUCUAGAGCCCGGAUAUCCGAGACCGUUAACUUCGCUGGGACUUCCCCAAUCGUUGGAGAAAAUCGAUGGCGCCAUGAUUUGGGGGCACAAUGGGAAAACUUACUUUUUCAGCGGAUCCAUGUAUUGGAGGUUCGACGAGUCGGUUAAAUUUGUGGAACUGGAUUAUCCGAGAGACAUAAGUAUGUUCGCCGGUGUUGGGAACGAUAUCGAUGCUGUGUUCCAAUGGACGGACGGCAAAACGUACUUCUUCAAGGGGAAAGGUUUCUGGGAAUUCGACGACUACAGGAUGAAAGUGGCUCACGAAAGACCGAAACCGUCCGCACCCUUCUGGAUGGGUUGCCCGCGAGAAUUAGAAACGAACGACGUCGAGAGCAGUUACCCGAGGAAGUCGAAGAUCACGUCUUCGAGCAUCGCGUCGACGCUGCCGACACCGCUCUCUCUCGGGUUAUUGUUUAGCAUAUUGUUUAGUAUACUUUAGCGAAUAUUUAUAAACUGUGAUAUUUAUGUAAAGCCGCGUACGAACGCGAGCGCGUACGCGCUCCGGUCUGCGCGCGCUGCCCAAUUUUAACGCACUUCCCCCUUAUACCGAUAACGUACGAUCGAAGUAAUUUUAAUAAGACUAUUUUUAAAUAAUUUUAAUAUAUAAGAUAAUUUUUAAGUAAUUUUAA